AUGGUGCCAAUUCAAUCCUUGCUGCUGCUGAGUGGCGCCAGUGUCGUCUUGCUCUGGGGCACCAUGCUCAUCAAUGGUACGCUCAACGGCGUCUCGCUCGCCGCAAAACACGGAUACUUUCCUGAUGGCCGUCCAAUUCGACAAACCUUCACGGGGUAUCCCAGUGUAGACGGCAAUCUAGUCGUUGUAGUCGCCUUCUUCGACAUGCUGAUCACGGCCCGCAACGUGCACGCACCACGAUGGCUGUUCUUCGAAAUGUGCAAUGUUCUUGCAGCAAUAAACACAUGGGUACUGAUUGAAAGCCGACGGCGAGGCGUCAGAAACUUUUUCCUCCGACAUAUCGUUGUCUUUAUGUUUCUCUGGAACAUGGCCGGUGCUGCCAUGGUAGUCCCUCUAUUCUUCUACCUCCUCGCAAGAUCCGCCUACACCACGCGCGACUGCACAAUUCCACUCAAUGAGGCCUGCGGCUUUCCCCCGACACUUCUGGUAAACGCCCUCUUCCCUGUACUCAUGUACGCAGCUUCAUGGCUAGGAUGGCAUGCACAUACUCAACAAGGCCUUGUCGCGUGGUACCAUCUCAACCCCAUGCUCAUGAUAGUCACCGUCGUCCUAGCCAGCCGUCCGGGAACAUCGCUCACGCAACUCGAAACUCCAAAGCGAAAGAGUGCGCCAAACGAAGACGCGCCAUGGGUCGUUGCCUCGUUCGUCGCAACAGGCGUUCUGUCCGCUGCUGUCCAUGUAUCCGUCGUACUGUCCGCGCUGGCUGCGUCUUUCACUAGCAACACUGACCUUGGCAUCUUGAGACUCUAUAUGCCAUCGCCACGCAGCGUAUUCGCACAUCCACGAGGCUCGAUGGCGGCCCUGGUAGAAGGCGCACAUUUGUUCACCCAGUUCGAUUGGAUUAUUGUCGCGGCUGCAUGCAUCAUCAUCACAAACCACUUGUUGGAGAAGAGUGCGCCAAGGCUUAUCGAACAGGCCAAGAAAACGGCCUUGUUGUGGAACCUGCUAGGCACGGUCGUCUUGGGUCCUGGUGCAGCAGGCUCCUUUGUGUUGGCAGUGAGGGAGAAUCGAAUGAGGGCCAUGGUGCCGGCUGUGAAAACUAUGUAG